AUGCGAUCGCCCGGCGAACUAGGCGCGCGGCGCGACGCGGCCAAGCAACUCAAGGUGCUGAUGCCUUCUUGCUUCCACAGGCUGAGCAUCUCCGACGAGCUCGCUGGGCACUUGGAUGCCGGAAAUGGAGGAGACGACACAGCCCUGACGAUGGCCCUCGUCGUCAACUCGUUCGGCAAGGUCUGGCAGGUGGAGGUCGGCCGGGACGGCGGCGGCGCGUUCCUGGGACCCGGGUGGCCGGAGUUCGUGGCCGCGAACGGCUUCGGCGUCGGGUGGUUCUUGGUGCUCCGGCACGAAGGGCGUGGUGUGCUCACCGUCAAGGCGUUCGACCUCACGUGCUGCCUCAAGGAGUCCCGCGGCCUUCAGCCUUCUACAGCAACAGGAAGCAACAGAUAUGGUUCACAUAAGCCGCAGUUCAUCAAGGUUCUCCUGCCGGAUUUCACCGAGAAGAUGCUGAUCCCUCCAGCUUUUGUACAACGCUAUGUCUCCGAGGCGCAACAAAGUAGCAAAAUGGCUAUCAUUGCUAGCCAGUUUGGAAAAUUUUGGCCCAUCGAGGUCAACAAUGACGGAUCAGGAAUGUUCCUUGCUGGUGGCUGGUCACAGUUCCUGGCUUUUCAUGGCAUCUCGGAAGGUGACGUCAUGCUCUUGAGAUAUGAAGGCAACAUGGUGUUCAAAAUCAAAGUAUUCGGGCUAAACGGAUGCCAGAAGGAUUUGAAAGGCCGGGCCACAGGAACUCAACAAAAUACUGAGAGGCAAAAAGAAGCACAUUUGUGUAGGGAGCAUGAGAGGUCAAGUGGUAAAGAAGACACAAGACCAAAAGGUUCGCUAAGUUCUUCCAACAAAGGAUCACAGAAGAAAAGGAGAUUUUGUAGCCUUGAGAAUGGAGAGCGGCCUUCGAUAAAGAAAGAGAUGAGCACCUACUCGGUUAAAAAGUUCGUGUCUUUGGCAACCACCUUCUGCGACUUGAUCGGGCUCGUCGGAGAAUGCACGAUCACGCUCAAGACCUCGAUGAAGAGCACCAAGUGCUGGCAGGUGGGUGCUCGCAGGUACAAGAACUACGGCUACCUGGGUGGAAAAAGAUGGAAGAGCUUCUGCAUGGAGAACAAGAUCAGGGAAGGCGACGUGUGCACCUUUCACAUCGUCGAAGCCGCUCUGUGGCAUGUCGUCAUCACACACAACUCAGAUAGAAUCGGAUAG